AUCUGUCGCAGGUUGGCAGCAGAGGAACUGUUAAAGAUUUCCCUGGAUUCAGUGCAGGCAGGGAUGCUGAUGCUAUCAGGAAAGCAAUCAAAGGCCUUGGAACUGAUGAAGAUUCCUUAAUCAACAUACUGACACAACGAUCCAAUGCACUCAGAGACGGCUAAUUGCAAAAGAAUAUGAGGCAGCCUGUGGAAAGGAAUUAAAAGAUGAUUUGAAAAGUGACUUAUCUGGCAAUUUGGAACAUCUUCUGGUCUCCCUCACACUGCCUCCUGCUGUGUUUGAUGCCAAACAACUAAAGAAAGCAAUGAAGGGAACAGGGACAACUGAAAGUAUCUUAAUUGAAAUCUUCGCAUCUAGAACCAGCAAACAAAUGAAAGAAGUUGGAGAUGCUUUUUACACCGUAUAUGGCAAAAGCCUUGGAGAUGACAUCAGUUCGGAGACCUCGGGUGACUUUAGGAAAGCCUUGCUCUUUUUGGCUAAUGCAAGACGUGAUGAAAGUUCAAAAGUGGAUGAACAUCUUGCUAAAAAGGAUGCCGAGAUUCUGUAUAAUGCAGGAGAGAAAAAGUGGGGGACAGAUGAGGACAAGUUUAUUGAAGUUCUUUGUUUGAGAAGUUUUCCACAACUCAGACUAAUAUUUGAUGAAUAUCAGAAAAUCUGCACUAAAGGUAUUGAGCAAAGCAUAGCUGGUGAAAUAUCUGGUCACCUUGAAGAUUUGCUUCUGGCCAUAGUAAAAUGUGCAAGGAACACCCCUGCUUUCUUUGCUGAAAGGUUACACAAAGCCAUUAAGGGUGCAGGAACAGAUGAAUACACUCUUACAAGGAUCAUGGUCUCCAGAUCAGACAUUGAUCUCUUGGAUAUCCGUAAUGAAUAUAAGAAGCUUUCUGGGGAAUCCCUGCAUUCAGCAAUCAAGUCGGAUACCUCUGGGGACUACGAGGCAGCGCUGCUGAAACUCUGUGGAGGAGAUGAUUAG